UUUUCUUCUCUCUCUCUCUUUAAAGCGUUGCACAUGAGAACAUCUAUAAAUAGGGAGAGAUUACGAUGUAGAGGCUGUGGUGCAGUAAAACAAACACGUCAACCAAGUCUCUCUCCCUCUCUCUCUCUCCACCAAUCCCGAAUUCACUCCAAAUUGAGAGACCCAGAACAAAACAAUAUCCCAAUAAUGGUGCUCUACCUUUAUUUCACCACCACUCCAUGCCAACCCCGUGUGUCUCCUCAUUAACAUCAUAAUCAACCCCCCCCCCCUCUCUGUAUUUCUGUUAUAUUCAUCCAUCUGAUGUAUUAAAGUUUUUUCCUUUAACCUCCCUCCACUCAUAAACAGAACCAGAUUGUCUUUCUCUGAUCUCUUUCUUUUAUUGUUUUCUCUGUUCUCAUCACUUCUGAACAGAUUAGUCAUGGCUGCCUGUGGUAGCCUUGAACACAUGUUUGAGAAUCCAAUACCAGAAAAUCAAACGCUCAUAGAAUCCUUGUCCCCGUGGAACCAGAUCAAAUCCAUGGACCCCAUGGAUCUCUCAUCUUUCACUGAGAUUUUUGGUGAACUUCACUUCAAAGAGAACCCCAAAUCACCAUCUUUGCCUUCUCUUGCUUCAUCGUUAUCAACAUCACCUUCAUCAUCAUCGCUCUCCUCAUCAUCUUCCUUCAUGGAUCCAAACCCAUUGCCUGAGAUAGGAUUCCUCAACUUCAACAACAAUGGCAAUCUUAUCACUGAGGAGAGAAAUAACGACGAGAACCAUCCAUCAAUGGAUUCUUUGUUGGAUACCCAGAAGAAAAAUCCAUACACGGGACCUUCUUCCAAGAACGCUGAUGGGUUUUCGUCCAAGAAUUCAGAGAGUCUGCAGCACUGCACGGAAGGACUUGGGUCUGAGAGUUCCGAUGAUGUGGAGGACCCAAAGAAUGAAAAUAGCGAUCAGUUGGAAGGAACAGAAAAAGAGAAAUCGAGUAUUUCAAGAUAUUCAGUGUGGGAAAAUACAUCUGGAGAAUUCAAGAGAUCGAGGACAACUGGUAGGCCCUUUCCCCCACCCAUUUCUUGCAUUGGUAGGAGCGGGAAGCCAUGGAUUUGCUUCAAGUCUUACAGAUAUGAUGGGAGAUUUAUUCUUAAGGAAAUCAGAAUCCCCACCAGGGAAUUCCUCCAUGCACGUAGGGAAAAUGGUCGUCUGAAACUUCACUUUGUCCAACCAGAAGGAAUCUUGGACGAAAAUGAAGAAGAAGAUGAGGAAGAAGAAGGUGAAGGUGAAACAGAAGGAACGGAGGAAGAAAUAGGAGAUGAAACAGUGAUCACAGAGAAAGAACAAGAGCAUAGAGAAGAAAUAGCCAAAAAACUUGGCAAAGACAACGUCCAAGAUAAUUAGCAUCACGAAGAUAAAAACUUAAAGGUAUAAAUAUCUUCAAGGUCUGGUGUUUUAAUUCAACUUGAUAGAUAUGACAGAGAAAAAGAAGUGAUGGGUUUCUGUUGCAGCUUCAAAGUUAGAUUUAUUUUGUAGAGAGGUUUAUAGGCUUUUCUUUCCUUUUGUUUUUUUACUUUUCGGACUGUUAGAUUGUUUUAGAUAAUAGUCCCCCAGAAUGCUGCAAAAUAUGGGAUACCCAAUUAAUCAUCAAAGGCUUUGACAUAAACAAAGGGGAGAGAGAGAGAGAGAGAGAGAGGAUUAUCAGAAAACUGUACUCAUCUAAGCAAAUCAUUAUUGUUAAUUUAAUAAUGGUUUUUUCUCUUCAUGCAAUUUUUUCCCACUUUUUGCAGAAUAAUUCCAUCUGUUAGAUGAGUAGAUGGGCUGAACACAGAUUAGAUUAGCUGUGAUGGAUGGUAAUUGUAGGUUACUGGGCACAGACUACUGUGAAUUUGGGAGAUAAAAGCCUUUCCGAUGGAAAAAGUAAAUGCAAAUUCGAUGAUUUCCCAAUUUAUUGGUCUGAUAUUCCAGGAUGCAAUAAUUGAAACUAAAUCAUUGAA